GGUCAGAGGUCAGGGCAGGGGUGGCCGCCCCUAUGGAGCUGGGCCCGGACCUGCCCCUUGCCCACCACCAUCACCACCACCACCACCACCACCACCACCACCAUCACCAUCAUCCCCCCCAUCACCACCGUCGCCGCCUGCUCUUCGCCGCCUGCAGCCCCCCGACCCCCGUGGUCAAGGCCCUGUUCCCCGCCGGGCCCCGCUCGCCGGUCACCAGCCUCGCCCUCACCAUGGACCAGCUGAGGGGCCUGGGCAGCGGAUGCGAGCAGCAGCUGGAAACGCGAAACGGCGGCGGCGGUGGGCUACCACGAACCACCUCUUCCGAGUCUACGGAUUCAGGCUGCUGUCUGGAUUCUCCCGGGCCCCCGGACAACAAGGAAAACCUCUGCAAACCCAUGAGACGAAUCAAUUCCCUUCCGCAAAGGCUGCUGGGUUGUAGCCCCGCUCUGAAGAGCCACCUGGACCCCCUCGACUGUGAUGUCUUCCAGCAAGGCGAUGAGAACAAGGAGAACGAGGCGUUUGAGUUCAAGAAGCCGGCCAGGCCUGCGGCUCGGGGCUGCCCGCUUUCGCAGGGCCCGGGAGAGGGAAAAGAUGCCUUCGCCCUGAGGCAGAACUCGGCCCCCGCUCGGAUGUUCUCCCCCGGUGACAAGGACGCCGGCGACCUCUUGGACGUCAUCCCCCUCUUCCUGCCGCAGUCGCCUCUGCCCUCCUCGCUGGCCGACGAGGACGACGGCUUCUUGGACCUCCUCGAUGGGGAUGACUUGAAGAAUGAUGAGGAGUCUCCUUCUGGCAUGGCGAGUCUCUGGACGGCUCCCCUGGUCAUGAGGAGAGCGGCCAACCACGGCAAGCGGAGCAAGCUGUUUGAAUCCCCGUCGACGCCUACCCCCUUGGCCCGGCCUGCGCUGAAGAGAGCGGAGAGGUCCCGGGAGGGCGCAUCCGUGACCAACAGCAAGAGGAGGAAGAGCGGCGUUGGCCUCCUGGACCAAGAAGCGGCCUGUCCGCCGGACCCGACCCAGAGCCCAGGGCCGGCGAGGCCCCUGCCGCCCGCCUCGGAGGCCAUCGAGAGCAUGUUGGACGGUGACCACAGGGAUCUCAUCGGCGACUUCUCAAAGGUCUACCUCUUCCACACAGUGACCGGGAAGCACCAGGAUCUGAAGUACAUCUCCCCGGAAAUAAUGGCCUCGGUGUUGAACGGGAAGUUUGCGAGCCUCAUUGAGGAGUGCGUGAUCAUCGACUGUCGCUACCCGUACGAGUACGAGGGCGGCCACAUCAAGGGCGCGGUCAAUCUACACAUGGAGGAGGAAGUGGAGGCCUUCCUGCUGAAGAAGCCCAUCCUGCCGGCCAACGGCAAGCGCGUCAUCGUCGUCUUCCACUGCGAGUUCUCCUCGGAGCGGGGGCCCCGCAUGUGCCGUUUCGUGCGCAAGAGGGACCGGCUGGGGAACGAAUACCCCAAACUCCACUACCCCGAGCUGUACGUCCUGAAAGGAGGCUACAAGGACUUCUUCUCCAAGUGCCAGUCCUUCUGCGAGCCCCCCGGCUACCGCCCCAUGCACCACGAGGACUUCAAGGAAGACCUGAAGCGCUUCCGCACCAAGAGCCGGACGUGGGCCGGCGAGAAGAGCAAGCGGGAAAUGUACAGCCGCCUGAAGAAACUCUGAGCGCCCCCGAUGCCGCCCACCCCUUCCCUCCCCGCCCGCCCCGACACCCUCACACGCUCACUCACACGCACCGUCCCCGGGGUCCGGAGGGGAGAGGGGACUCCGGUGGCCGGGUGCCCGCCCUCCGCGGCGGACCUGGCCGGCUGAGAGCCCACGGGGGUGGCCACCGGCCCCCGCCACCCACCCCGGCCGCGCCCGUUCAGGCUGGCUUCCGCCCCGCGCCGCAGGAGGGGCGUCGGAGAGAUCGGGGGGCGUGCCGGAGAAGCGCCUCCGUUUUAAUUUAUUGAACUCGAUCGCUUUUAAACGUCGGCCCGGGGCGCUGGACCGAGGCCGGCCCCUCUGCUUGGGGGGCCGGCGUGGACUCUCGCGGGGGGACCGAGGUAGGGCUGUGCCUCGUUGGCACUGGGGGCGGGAUGGAAUCGGUGCCGCCCGCGUUGCCCCUGUUGGACUUUGGGGUCACGGAACAUCCCCGCCUUGCCAAUCCUGCCGGGGCGGUACUUGAGAGGAUGCUGGGGAGCGGCUGUGUUGUGUAACCACCCGUCUGGAAGUGGGGAUGGGGGAGACAUGGGGGACAGAAGGAGGUCAAUCUCGGUCGUGCCCGCUUUUUUUCCCUGGUCACCGUUCUUCCGCCGAUUUUUUUUCUCUCAAAAAACCGGCCCCGGGCUCCUUGGAAAGGUUUUUAAAAGCUUGGCGUAGUCCCGGCAACGGGGGGCAUCAAAUCAGUGUUAGGGAGGAGGCCCGGAGGUCUCUGAGCCCAGUUCUUACCGCGUUGGGGUUUUGGAGGGGGGUAGGGAGCCCCCCCAGCCCAGAGGGGCCUGUCGGUGCUAGGGUCUGGAGGAUUCCCGGCAUCCGCCAGGGCCUCUCCCCGCUCCCUGCCCACCGAGGGCAGGGAAAGGCAUCCGGGACUGGCGGUCGGGGCGGGGGUGGGACACAAGCGCUAGGUUUUGGGUUUAGGAGUCGCGUUCGAGAGGGAUGCCGGCCUUGGAAAAGACAUGGGACGGAGGGCUGUGCGAGGGGGUGGGGGGCAGGACGGACACCUCCCUCCACCCCCCCCCCAGGGAAGGGUCUGCCCAGCUCGGCGGGCGGGAGCUGGGGGACUCGGAGAGACGGGAAAGGUUUGGACGGCUCAGCCUGCUGUGGCUUCUGGCCUGUUUCAGACUCUGCGAAUAAACGACCU